GUGGCUGCUGAUGUCAGAGCCACUCUCUCUCACACACCCUUCCUAAGGUUUGCUGCUGCUGCUGCAGAGACUUCUCAAGGCAACCAGAUACAGAUCCUUACUACAGGCUGUGGUGGGGAAACCCAGCCCCCAGGAAUGAUCAAAGGUGGGAGGAAGAGCCAAGGCACAUCCUGUCUCUUUCCCUUCCAGUGCACUAAUGCUGGAGGUUGAAGUACAGUAAGGUGAACAGAACCUUGUUUACCCAUCUGGGAAGGAAACCUUACAAAGCCUUUGUCUUGGAAGUCAGCAGCAUCUCAUCUCUGCCGCUGGCUGAUCCAGUCUCCUGCCACUGCUGCUCGUACUACCAUACCAUCUUGGACUGCUUCAGCUAUUUUUACUUAUUUUUUUUUUCCUUAUUGCUCCAAGAAUGUCUUGAUAGCAUUGCGAGGAAAUUCCAUCUUUUACAAGGUUUCUCGUGGAUUCCUUUGAAUUCACAAUGAGAGCAGUUUAUCUUUGAGACUCCUUUGUGUUUGUGGAAAAAAAACCACAUGACUACAUUUUGAAGCAGAAAAAUAGGAAGAUAGAAGAAAUAGGAUUUUUUCUCUCUCUCUUUCUCCCUUUUGCUGGAUCAGCUUUCUAGAUAGUGGCAGCGGCACAUUGCACAUACGCUGUCAGGCACACGUACUGCAGGGUGCUGGUGAUCUUGGCAAUUUUAAUAUUUUUUGAAUAUAUAUAUAUCUCAGAGUGCACUGUGAUCACAUUUCUCCUGGAUUGCUGUUUUGCAUUGAAUGUGUAGGAAUAUGCUCAUGAAGGAGUACCGGAUCUGUAUGCCUUUGACAGUUGAAGAGUACAGAAUUGGGCAGCUGUAUAUGAUCAGUAAGCACAGCCAUGAGCAGAGCGAUCGUGGAGAAGGUGUAGAAGUGGUGCAGAAUGAACCCUACGAAGAUCCAAAUUAUGGGAAUGGCCAGCUGACAGAAAAAAGGGUUUAUCUGAACAGCAAACUUCCAAGUUGGGCAAGAGCCGUUGUCCCGAAAAUAUUUUACGUUACAGAGAAGGCCUGGAAUUAUUAUCCAUACACAAUUACAGAAUACACGUGUUCGUUUUUGCCUAAAUUCUCAAUUCACAUAGAGACAAAAUAUGAGGACAACAAAGGGAGCAACGAUAACAUAUUCGAUAAUAGUGAAGCCAAAGAUCUUGACAGAGAAGUCUGCUUUAUUGAUAUUGCCUGUGAUGAAAUUCCUGAGCGCUAUUACAAAGAAUCAGAGGAUCCUAAACAUUUCAAAUCAGAGAAGACCGGGAGAGGCCUAUUAAAAGAAGGCUGGAGAGACACUCAAGAGCCCAUCAUGUGCUCCUACAAAUUGGUGUCUGUGAAAUUUGAAGUGUGGGGACUUCAAACUCGAGUAGAGCAAUUUGUUCACAAGGUAGUCAGAGAUAUACUGCUGAUUGGUCACCGACAGGCUUUUGCGUGGGUGGAUGAGUGGUACGACAUGACUAUGGAUGAAGUCCGAGAGUUUGAAAGAGCAACUCAGGAAGCUACCAACAAGAAAAUUGGGCUCUUCCCUCCUGCGAUAUCAAUCUCCAACAUCUCCCUGCCCUCUUCUAUCCGCAGCACUCCUUCUAGUGCUCCGUCGACACCUCUCUCCACAGAAGCACCCAAAUUCUUAGCAAUUCCCAAAGACCGGCCACGGAAAAAAUCUGCUCCAGAAACUCUCACGCUGCCAGAUCCAGACAAAGAGGUUCUCUAAACCCAGCAUGUUUUCCCACAAGAAGCCAUGACUGACAUCAUGGCAUUUGCACAGCUCAUGGUAGUUGUUUUAGUGAAGGAAAUUUUACUGAUCUGGAAGUAUGCCUCCCCCUCCCUCCCUGCUUGUCCCUUCAACUAGUUAUAGCGAAAUGCAUGCGAGAACAUAGUUCAUGUGCUCCGAUUCCCAAACUAAAGCUCUAAGCCAUAUGACAGAUGUUGCUAUCAACACAAAAUGAAAUCGCUUGCAAAAGCAAUCUCUUUGUAGCAAUGUAGUACGCAAAAGAGAUUCUCGUAUGUAGAGCAACAGUAUUUAUUACUGGAGAUGUUAUAGGAAUUUAAUCAAGCUUGCAAAGAUAGCUUGAGAAAAUGAGGUCCUAUUUAGGGACAGCUUAAUCAGACAACAUUUCUCAUUUCAAGCCAUUCUAUCUCAGUGUCUAAAAUCCUCUUUACUCUCAGGCCAAGUGCACCUUAAAGUAAAUCUUUGAACUGAUACUCACUGAUAAAAACUUGAAUACCAACAGUAAUUAUUCAUAUUCUUCUUUUACUGAAUACAACUCAGGAUUUGGGAUAUAGCUAAUGCACACAUUUUCAAAAAUUAAAGAACCAAUGUCCUCCAACUCUGGUGGUAACUAUACCUGUUUGGAGGCCCUUGAACUAUUUGUAUCUUGCACAAAAAUUGUAUCGUGUGCUGUUGUAUAGCUUUUCUGUGUUGGUAUUUGAGAGUCUUGUUUCAGGGGGAAAAAUGGGAUCACAAGCAAAGAAAUAGCUUCCAUUUCCCAAGUGAGACAAAUAUAUCCAAAUGAAGGCUACCAUUAUUAGGUCACAAUUCAAUGAUUACUUCCAGUUUCAUAAUUCCUAUAAAAAACUGAGGGAAACUCCAGGACCCAAAUCCUAUUUCAUUGUCAAAAGAAACAUUUGCUCUGUUUUUUUGUUUGUUUGUUUGUUCUGCAAGAUCAUGAGUAGAUAACAAGGAAUGGGCAACACUAUGUCCUGUGGUGGUUUCCUAUGGCACCAUGGCACCCUCCUCCAUCACAGAGAGCUACCAACAGUACAUGGCAGUUGCAGGAGAAGAGAAGCCACUAUGCCAUGCCACACUUGGCAAAGUUGCCCAUCCCUGUUAUCAAGUUUCUGAUUCUGAUAAUGGCACAAAAGAAGGCUCAGCAGUAAAUCUUAGAAGAAGACCCAUGUUAAUUUGUCAUAGCCUUUGAGGCACCUAAACUACCUAAGACAUUUUGUUAUUGCAUUGAGCUUUCCCUCUUCCUUCCUUCUUCCUUCCAUAACAUGGAUGCUUCAUUUACUCUUGAGUCAUUGCGUCCGCUUCUUUUGUCAUAAACUAAUGAGAGGAGGAAAAGGGAAGGAGUUUAGUGGAUGGAUUAUCUAUGGUCAAGGUGAGAGAAGCUGAAAAGACUUGUUUUGAGAAGGCAGUGAGGUCCCUACUGCACUGAUAUAUAAUCUAGUAUCUGAUCCUAGAUUCUCUGCUUUGAAUUGGAUUAUAUGGCAGUGUAGACCCAGGGCCCUUCUACACAGCCCUGUAUCCCAGAAUAUCAAUAUCAAUAAUAAUAAUAAUAAUAAUACUUUAUUUAUACCCUGCCACCAUCUCCCCAAGGGACUCGGAGUGUCUUACAUGAGGCCAAGCCCAACAACACAUCAAUAAAACAAAAAGCAAUAAUAAAAAACAAUACAAUUAAUAUAACUCACAUAUAAACAAUAACACACAAGGAUUUAAGAAACCUAUGGCCAGGCCAAAUGUAAUAGUUUAAAAUUUAAAAAAUAAACACUGGGCAU